AUGCCAGCUGAAGUCCCAUUCACAGCAGCAGCUGCAACUGCUCAUACUACGCAUUCCGAGACACCCAUUCAAAAAAACCUCAUUGAAUCCAACAAACUCUACGCCGCAAAUUUCACGCAAGGUGAUCUUGCCCUUCCACCCGCGAAGAAAUAUGCCGUUGUAACAUGUAUGGACGCGCGUAUCGGUCCCUCUGCAGCUUUCGGCAUCGCCCUCGGCGACGCCCAUGUAAUUCGCAACGCGGGAGGUUCUGCACGCGAUGCCUUACGCUCGCUUGUUAUCUCCCAGAAGUUGCUGGGGACGAAUGAGAUUUUGCUGGUUAAGCAUACGGGAUGUGGAAUGCUUACGUUUGGGAAUGAGGAUGUGGUUAAGCUCGUGGAGGAGAGGUUGGGGGAGGGGGCGAAAAAGGAGUUGGACGCUUUUGGGGGCGAGUUUUUGCCGUUUGCGGAUUUGGAGGAGGAAGUUAGGAGGGAUGUGGAGUGGUUGAGGGGGGUGGAGGUUAUUCCUGAGAAUGUGGGGGUUAGUGGGUGGGUUUAUGAGGUGGAGAGUGGGAAGGUGAAGAGAGUGGUUUAG